UAAACAUGAAAAUACAUCAACAUUUGCCAAACAAAGCAUACUUGUACUCUAAUUAUUUAAAUUCGCAAGGAACUUUAUAUCCUGUGUAUUGUUUGCAAAAUGAAACGGAUGUGUUUCUAGGGGAUGACAUGACAGUGGAUACAGGGGAAACUUCAGACUUUUAGAAAUGGACUGUCAGGAGAAGCAGGAGGUGCCCGUUUAUACUGAUGUGGACAGAGAGACUUUUGCAAGGGACAUAUGUCCACUGCGCAGACCAGCGGUCUUGAGGAGCGUGCCCCUGGGACCCUGCGUGAGCUCGUGGACCGUGAGUUACCUCGCUCAGAAGGGGGGAGACCGCGAGGUCAAAGUGCACGUGUGCCCCGAGCCCAGAAUGGACUUUCUGCAUAAGAACUUUGUGUACAGGACGCUUCCUUUUGAUACAUUUGUUCAAAGGGCUGCAGAGGCAAAGCACUCAGAUUUUUUCAUUAGUGAGAAUGAAAGCUAUUACUUGCGUUCGCUUGGAGAAGAUGCUCGUAAGGAACCUGCUGAUUUAAGGAAGCAGUUCCCUGAGUUGGCAGAAGAUUUCCAUAUCCCAGAGUUUUUUGAGCCUGAGCAGUUUUUUUCUAGUGUUUUUCGUAUCAGUUCACCCGGCAUGCAGCUGUGGACACAUUAUGAUGUAAUGGAUAACCUGCUUGCUCAGGUUACAGGACGAAAGCGUGUUGUCCUCUUUAGCCCAAAAGAUGCCCUCCAUCUCUACCUCACAGGGGAUAAGUCUGAAGUUUUGGAUAUUGAUACUCCCGAUCUGCAGCGUUACCCUGAAUUUGUUAAAGCUUGUCACUUUGAAUGUGUUCUAGAACCUGGAGACCUGCUCUACAUUCCAGCUCUUUGGUUUCAUAAUACCCUGGCUUUGGAGUUUGGUGUUGGUGUCAAUGUGUUCUGGAGGCAUCUGCCAGCUGAGAGUUAUGAUAAGAAAGAUCCAUAUGGAAACAAAGACCCCGUUGCAGCUACACGAGCUCUGCAGGCACUGGAGCGGACUCUAGGCAUGUUGGAAGAACUUCCGAGUGAUUAUCGUGAUUUUUAUGCUCGCCGUAUGGUGCUGCGAAUUCAAACACGGGCUUACUGUGUGCAGGCAGCACAAAGGAAUUUAGACACAACAUAGCUUUUUGACUGAUUCCAAUAAAAAUGGAGAAAGGAAGAGAUUAAAUACUUGUUUAUUACCUUAAAAAUGUGACAAUGACUUCAGGGUACAUAUAUCUUUGUCGUGUCAUUGAUUUUAUUUAGCAUCUGUUUAUGUCUAGCCAGAUCAUCAAACUAAUCAGACACUGGUAUGUAUUUAUAUUAAAUAUAUAAAUAUCAGCACUACAGGUUGAUUGAGUCAAGUAACGCCAUCCGCACUUGGAAUUUGUCCUCUGCAUUUAAAGGGAUAGUUCACCCAAAAAUGAA